AUGGAUGUGUUCUACACCAGCGCCGCUCGAAUAUUUAUCCAAAAUGGAUCUAACAUCACAAAUCAGGAGCAGACAGUGUUUGAGCAGCGCAAACACAUUCCCGCCAUCAUCCUCUUUUACCUGGGCCUCCAGUUUGUCAACAUGUUCCUGGGGAUCCCGGGCAACGUGAUGGUGCUCUGGCUCCUUCUGCGGAACAAGAGGGAUUCCUCUACCUCAGACAUCUUCAUCUUACACCUCGCCAUCCUGGACACCCUCUUCUGCCUCAUACCACCUCUGGAGCUGGUCAACAUCGUGUACGUAACAACCAGCAGCACUUGGUACGUGCUGCGCUUCUUCUAUGGCAUCAAGGACUCCUCUCCACUCUUCCUCUCCUGCAUCUGCGUGGACCGCUAUAUAGCCGUCGUACACCCCCUCACCUUCUCUGCACUAAAGGAUCGCCGGCAUCGUGCGGUCUGCGUCGCUGUUGUGUGGCUCAUCACCCUGGCUUACGCUGCAGCAAAAUGCAUGGGCAACAUCCUGAAUUUUGCAAAGACUUUCACCGUGAUGAUUCUUGCCACCUUUGCCAUCAUGUUGUUCUGCAACCUCUCCAUCCUCUCGGCUCUGAGGAAGUCUGCUCCUGCCCGGGACGAGAUGCACCCGGUCAAGAAAAAAGCCUUCAGGACGGUCCUACUCAUCCUGACCAUUAUUGUCUUCAACUACCUGCCUCCAGUGGCCCUCUUCCCUUUCCAGGAGUACUUCCCCCAAGAUGUGUUCCUCUGUUAUAUUCACUACAUCGCCUUUGGGUUCAUGGACAUUAGCAGCAGCAUUCAGCCAAUGCUGUAUUUGUGUAAGGACAUUUCCUGUUCUCGUAGCUGUUGUUGCAAGAGUUGUGCUGAUCAGCAAACCAAUACAGAUGAUGUCUCGCUUUGA